UUACUAUUAGUACUGUUGGCUGUUGGGCAGGUGCGUGUGACUGCCCUUAUAUUGCCAUGGGGUGUCAGUGGCUGUAGAGAGAGCAAUAGAGACUGAGCAAUCGAGACUGAGCAAUUGAGACGGUCUGACUGGCAGGCUUGUGAGGGAUAAGCAGGAAGCUACAACUGCAGGACAAAGAGGAAUAUAGCAAGCAGCAUUCCAGCACUCAGCUCUUCUGCAUCAGACAUGGAAAGCGGAUGAGCUGUGCAUCGGUGAGCGGGUGCUGCUGUUACAUGGUACUGCCGGCUGGAUGGCUGUGCUGCUGUGCAGGAGCAUGUGACUGCCCUUACAUUGCCAUGCUGUGGCACCGGCUGUAGAGAGAGAGAUGGAGGCUGUCUGACCGGCAGGCAGUUAAAACUGUGGGACAUACAGAGGAAUAUAAUAAGGAUCCCUGUUCUCAGCUCGUCUGGAUCAGGUUUAUGAUGUGGUCUUGCCCAUGGAAGUUUUUUCAGCACUGCUUCCAACUAUGUAACGGCACCAGCGAUACCUCACUUACAUACCAGACACAGUUAUAUUUCUGCUGACGUGCGACCGCAUUAUAGGACUGUAUUCGCAGAAAAGAAAAGGCCAGGCAAGUUUCAGCCUUUCAAAAAGAUCUUUGGAAAGAAGAAAAAGAAAAAUUCAGCGUUGCCCUUUAAGGAAGGCAAGCUAAAGGCCAGCCGCUCUAUUGGGAAUGUCUGUGUUAAUACAGCCUUCUCCUCUGAUGAAGAAUCCUGUGAUGAUCUAAGGUUCCUCAGCCAUAGUAUGGGAACAAGGUGUUUUUCCCAUGAUAGCAUUUUCAUGCCAGCAGAGCAAGGAGAAGAGGAGCACAGUAUUCAGGCAAUAUCCCAAGAGUACCUUGUUGGAAAUGUAAAGGCUCUCCGGCAACAGUUAUCGGGAAAUAUCCGUUUUGGCGUGAAUCCAGACAGUAUAUCGCGAAAGAGAAUGCAAGGUUUGGGAACAAGCACAGGAGAAAUGAACAGCUCUCACAUCAGCCCCAUGGAGAUCGGAGAUGAACAGGACAAAGAAGUGCAACAAAAGUCUGCUACCGUGCUCACAGGAUCACCCGGUUCUUUCAGCUCCAUGACCAUUAUUGAACUAGAACAUAAAGCAGAGGAGAAGGCGACUCCAAUAAAGCCAUCACGGUCCAAGAGGCCCCUGGCAUCGACUGGCACAAUUGAGUCUAUAAAUCUGGAUGCUGUUCCUCGGUCUGUCGAUCGUCUGGAUAAUACUUUUGCUAAGCAUAAGCUUUCUGUCAAGCCAAAGAACCAGAGGGUGUCAAAGAAGCACAGAGGAAUGUCCGAGGAAUAUCCGAGUAUAGAAGACACAGCGUUUGAAAAUGAAAGUGCUCCCAUAAGAAACUCUCUUGACAAAACCAUGUAUAAUUCCACAGAAAUAUCAAGUCAGAAUUUACAUAAAUCAGAUCAGUCACAGUGGAAAAAGACUGAGGUGCAAUCCUAUGAGAAGGUUCACACAUUAAUUAAAAGUGAAGACGGGAAGGAUAUAAAGAAACUGGGUAAGGAGAAUGUGGAAGAGAAAAAACUGGAGAAAUAUCAGGAACUAAUCAGCCCGAAACACAGAGCUGAAAAUAGAUUUUUAGAUAAAGUAGAAAAAGAUCUGGAGUUGGAAAAACAACGGCAGGAAGAGGAAGAGGAGAGAAAGAGACAAUUAAAAAGGGAGCUUGAAAUCAAAGAGCAACAGCGACUCGAAGAAGAAAGAAGGCGACGUGCUGAACAAAUUCUCCAAGAACUAGAGGAACACAGAAGGCAAGAAGAGUUAAAAUUGCGUGAAAGAGAAGAACAGAAAGCAAUCCAGAAGGCAGAGGAGCAGCGUCAAGAAGAAGAGAGGCGAAGGCGAGAAGAACAAAUUAAAAUAGAGGAGCAAAAACGGCAAGAACUAAAACUUUUAGAGAAGCAGAAUCAGCAAAAGAAAAAAGAUACUGAAACAAAACCGGAGGUGUGUUUUUUAGCUUCAGAUACAAAGCUGAAAGACAAAGAAGCUGCUGAAAAGGAAAAGAUGAUUGUGGAAACAAGUCAAGAUGACGAGAUCCAAAAGAACAAGCAGCAAACACCAACUGAAGACCAGGUAGAAGGGAGAAAUAGUGAAGAGCAACGAUGGAAGGAACUUGACCAGCGGCAAAGACCAUUCACAUUCAAAGUAUCGGCAGGGGAAAAGCAAAUUUUGUUUCAGAGAGUUAACUUAUCUCCUGUUACACCUUCCAAAGAACCAACUGUUUCUCCUGAUUCACAUGGGUCAAAGGAAAAUAAACCUAAUAUAACCACUCAUUCCCUUCCGUCGUCCCUCUGUGUUCCACACACAGCUAUUUUAGUUACUGGUGCACAGCUCUGUGGCACGGCAGUGAACCUUGAUCAAAUUAAGGAUUCUGCAUGUAAGUCAUUGCUGGGUCUCACAGAUGAGAAAAAACAUUUAGAAGACCAAACAGCCAAGAGUGAAAAAGGAAGGCAAGACCCCACAACAAUGACAAGCAGAACAAAGUACACGUCAGAAUCCUUAGACGCACAAUCAGUCUUGAAUGAAUGGACGUCCAUCCGAUCGAAAAUCCUAAGUAAAUCGGAAAAUAUCAGUAUGCUUGAGAAAGCACAAAGAAAUUCACAAUUACAGAGAGAUGACUGGACCGGGAAAGGCAAUGGUGAGCUCCAUAGCAAUUUAAGGAAAACAUUGUCCGCCAGUGCUAAAUUCUCCAUAACUCCAGCUUGGCAGAAAUUUGCUGAAAGUGUAACGUCCCAACAGCUUGAGACGAUGACAACUCAAACAAGUACAGAAACUGUAGCAGCAACAAAGCCAGUGUUGACUAACAAUGCCACUCAGGACAAAUCCCUUGAAGUCAACAGUUCGCGAGAAACAAUCCCUAGUAAACUGAGAAAGCAGGUGACAAGUAAUAAUAGCACAGAAGGCUUUAUAUUUUCAAAAGAUCUUCCAUCCUUUCUUGUUCCCCAUCCUCCUCAUUCUCCCCGUCGAGGGCAGGUUGAGCCACAAACUGGGCUUGACAUGCAAGUGAGCAAUGGAACACAGAAAAAUGAUAAGACUGUACAAAACGGGGAGGAGAAAACGUCUCCAUUUGGAAUCAAGUUGAGAAGAACAAAUUACUCAUUAAGAUUUCAUUCUGAUCCUCUGAAUGACCAAAAGAGAAAAAAGAGGUAUAGUGCGGGUGAUAGUUUUGAUGGCGUGCCAGCGUCAUUCAAUGCAGCAGAUGAAACAGAACCUUCCAAUACAUCUAGAAAAGAACUGUCAGCAUCACCCACAAAAAUAAAGAAAGAUAAUCUUGCGUCCAUCUCCAUGGAUACCUCAAGCAGUCUAACAGAUCUCCAUUCAGUGUCGCCCCCUUUAAUAUCAUCCUCCAGUUCGUACAUCCCUUCACCUAACAAAGGUAGAACUGUGCCUAAAUCACUCUCUGUUGAGAAACCAUGCCUAGCUCCUAAGCCAUCCAGUCCAACUUCAACACCCUCCCUGCUUUCUAAACUUGAUAGAAGUAAUCUGGUUGACCUGUCUGCACAGAAGCUGGAAAAAAGUGACCCAGAUAAAGCGAUGCUGGGAGAAUCCAUGAAAGGGAGUGUGGCACUGCCAUCUUCAAGUCCAGGUAAAAAUGAGGAGCCAGAAUCAAAAGACAAAAAGUGCUAUUUUCCAUCGAUCCAUAUUCCCUGGAGAGAGAAGUCUGAGAAAAGGCCAGAGCAAAUCAGCAAAGAAAGGCCAGCUCUUCAGAGUCGUCAUUCCCUUGAUGGUACCAGACUGAUGGAAAAACCAGAGACAGAGCAGCCUCUCUGGAUAACGUUAGCUCUACAGAAGCAGAAGGGAUUUCGGGAACAGCACACUUACAGGGAAGAUAGAAAACAAGCCAGGGAAACCAAACAGUCAGAAAAGAUCAAUAAAGAAAAUGCCAGUGAGAGCGUCGUAACAGGAGAAUACAGAACCAGGUGUGGUUCCCUGCAAAAGCCAGUGGCCCAAGAAGAGAAGAAAUGUGAAACAGUAGUGACCCGUCUGCAGCGCAGAGAGCAACUUCAAAAAUCAAACACGCUUCCCACAUCUGUCACAGUGGAAAUCACAGAUGGAGUUCAAGUUCCUCCUCUGGCAAAGGAUAUACCGAAGCGAUUUUCUACACCAGAUGCUUCUCCGGUGUCCUCGGAGCCCGCUUGGCUUGCCUUAGCCAAACGGAAAUCAAAAGCCUGGAGUGACUGUCCACAGAUUAUUAAGUAAAUAUCUUGUCCUGGCUAAAUAGAAGCCAAUAAGGUGUCCCUAAGCUGUGUCUGUGGUCUACUGUAUGGAUGUUAUGGCAAAUACAGUAAUAAUAAGUGGUCUGUUCCCGGGCUAUACAGAAAUAAUCAAGCGCAUUUGUGCCUAAUUGUUAUAUUGGUGAAAUGUGAUACUCUGUAUUGGAACAGUAGCAAUGUCCUCCUGUACUGUCUUCUUACACAGUCAUGAUACUUCUUGGGGA